UGCGAUUCUGAAUCUUAUUUUAACCACAUUUCACGUUGUUAUCUCUAGUUAACAACUUUUUUUGGGGUUAAGUGAUUGUGUAUCAACUUUAACCAUAUUUGUCAUUGUUUAGUGUUAACAAACGCAGUCAGCUGUUUGGUGACAAUUAUUUUUGUGGUUAAGCUAACAGCAUCUAGUUUUUCUUUGUUAAGCUGUUGUUUACUAAUUUUGCUGUGAAGUUAAAUUGAGAAAAUUGUGAAGAUUGUGUUAAAAAAUGGCAUUUGCAUACAUUGCAUCAUAUUUAUAUGAUACCGAUAAUGAGCAGCCAUUAAACGUGCCAAGAAUUGACCGGCGUAGGCUUCGCGAAAUCGAUAACCCUUUCGAACUAACGUUAACGGAGUUCCGGAGGCUAUAUAGACUCAGUCCCGGCAUGGUUGAAAAUUUGGUGUCGCAACUUGACAAUCAAUUAAGAGGAUCGCGAAUAACAGCGUUAUCGACUGAAAAGCAGGUUCUAGCUGCUCUACGGUUUUAUGCCACUGGAUGCUAUCAACGCCCAGUAGGUGAACAGUGGGGCAUAUCCAUGAGCCAAACAUCGAUAAGCCGUUGCAUACACCGUGUGACUGACGCAAUCAACAAUUCAAUGUUUACCUCCAAAGUGAAGUUCCCUAUGACGCAACUGGAGUGCCAAGCGGCAAAGGAAAUUUUUGCGUCUGCACCUUCACCAUUUGUAGCAGGAACUAUCGGUGCAAUCGACUGCACCCAUGUUGCAAUUUUGGCUCCCAAAAAUAAUGAAUCAAAUUAUGUCAAUCACCAUGGGUACCAUUCGAUGAACGUGCAAAUGAUAUGUGAUCCAAAUCUUAAGAUUUUAAACGUGAAUGCAAAAUUUCCGGGAGCACGACAUGAUUCGUUUAUUUGGAGCUUCUCUGCAGCGCGUCGGGUCAUGCAGCGAUCAUUUGAAACUGGAAAUCACAACACGUUUUUGAUAG